CGAACGCUACCAAUCGAUUAAAUUCUCAGUUAACUGUUGUCAAAAACAGCCCGUUUCGGUUUUGUUUAAUUUGUCUCAAAAUGGCUUCUAUUUGCCAGCGAGCUGUAUUUUCCGCUGCGCGAAGACAAAUUUAUACCACGAGUUUUCGUCUCAGAACUAAAGUAACUCUUGGCGACCCAGUCGAACACGCGACAGGUUUGGAAAAACGCGAACUACUAGCGCAGUUGGCCGGAAACGAUGAUCCCUACAACAUGAAAGCUAUCCAGAGGGGCCCAGGCACCAAGGAUCAGCCCACCGAAAUCCCUUCAGCAUUCGACUCUCGCAUAGUAGGUUGCGUGUGCGAGGAAGAUGCCACUAGCGUAAACUGGAUGUGGCUGCACAAAGGAGAGCCUAAAAGGUGUGAAUGUGGCUACUGGUUCAAAUUAGUGUACAAAGCGCCGCUUUAAGGUUUCUUCUAAUGUGUCCUAUAGAUUUAUAAAAAUGUAUUAGUGCUUUACGAUAAUAAAAAAAUUUGUUUUA